GUGCGCGCGGCCGGUAGGCGUCGCUGAGAGGUCUGGGCCCGCGGCGGAGGGGCGGAGCUCCGGCAGCCCCGCGGAGCGCCCGGCUGGGGGCGGAGUCAGCAGCGUCAGCCUCGCGCUCCUUCCCUGACCCUCACUGAGCGCCCAGGGGGCGCGGUCUCGUGCGGUUCUCCCCGCCCCUCGCGGAUCCUCUCCGUCGGAGCCGGUCCGGGCGCGACUGUCCCUGCGUGUGCUCGGUCCGCGAGAAGCGCCGCGAUGAAGGCGGGCGUGGUUCACUGCCGCUGUUCCAGAUGUUUCUCUUUCCCUUCGAAGCGAAGGAUAAGAAAACGGCCCCGAGUCCUGACAUUGCUAAGUCUGCCUGAGGAUGUUCUGCUCCAUGUUCUGAAAGGCCUUCCUGCUGAGGACAUCCUUUCAGUCAGAGCGGUGCACUCCCAUCUUAAAUACCUCGUGGAUAAUCACGCUAGUGUUUGGGCAUGUGCAAGUUUUGAAGAUGUAUGGCCUUCUCCAAAAAAUCUGCAGGUGUUUGAAAGGGCUGCUGAAAGGGGCAACUUUGAAGCUGCUGUGAAGCUGGGGAUCGCGUACCUGUACAAUGAAGGCUUGUCCAUCUCUGAUGAGGGUCGUGCAGAAGUGAAUGGAUUAAAGGCAUCUCACUUCUUCAGCCUGGCAGAGCGUCUGAAUGCGUCCGCAUCCCCGUUCAUCUGGCUCUUUAUUCGUCCUCCCUGGUCCUUGAGUGGAAGCUGUUGUAAAGCUGUGGUCUAUGAGAGUCUUAAAGCAGAGUGUCAGCUGGACAAAGCUCAAAAAGGAUCUAUUCUGUACUGCUUGGCUAAGGUCUUGAGUCUCUUUGAGGAUGAAGAAAAAAGAAAAGAGUCCCUUGAAAUGUUUGAAGAGUCUUCAAAGCAGGGUUGUUUAAACAGCUCCUACCUCCUUUGGGAAAGUAACAGAAAGGUUGCUAUGCUAGACCCUGGCAGAUACCUCCAAAGUCUCAGGAAGCUUCGGGACUAUGCUGCAAAGGGAUGCUGGGAAGCACAGGUAACUUUAGCCAAAGCUUGUGGAAAUGGAAACCAACUAGGAUUAGAAGCAAAAUCUUCCAGUGAAAUGGUGGCUCAGAUGUUUCAAGCCUCCCAUCCUAUCAGCAAGCAAAAUAUCUUCACUGUGCAGAAAAGAAUAAAUGAAACAAUGAGGUAUAUCCUGGUUGACUGGCUGGUGGAAGUGGCUACCAUGAAAGACUUUUCUUGCCUGUGCCUUCACAUGACAGUGGGAUGUGUGGAUCGUUACUUGAAGCUGAGACCUGUGCCUCGGUAUCAACUCCAACUCCUGGGAAUAGCCUGCAUGGUCAUUUGCACACGUUUUAUCAGCAAAGAGAUCUUAACAAUACGGGAGGCUGUAUGGCUAACAGACAACACGUACAAAUAUGAAGACCUGGUCAGAAUGAUGGGUGAGAUCAUCUCUGCUCUAGAAGGAAAGAUAAGGAUACCUACUAUUGUGGACUACAAAGAAAUACUGUCAAACAUGGUCUCACUGGAGAGAAGAACCCUUCACCUCUACAGCUUCAUUUGUGAACUGUCUCUCUUAAACACAAGCCUUUUUGUGUACUCUCCAGCUCGGCUGGCUGCUGCAGCACUGCUGCUGGCUAAGGUUCUUCAUGGCCACGCACAUCCCUGGACCAGCCAGCUGUCUGAGUGCACUGGCUUCUCUCUUGAAGACCUGUUGCCGUGUGUGCUAAGCCUUCACCAAAAAUGUUUCCAUGAUGAGGUCCCUAAGGAUUAUAGGCAGGUGUCUUUAACUGCAGUGAAACAACGAUUUGAAGAUGAGCGUUAUGAAGAAAUAGGCAAAGAAAAGGUAAUGAGCUACAGCCAGCUCUGUUCACUGUUGGGUGUGAAACAGGAGGACCCAAAGCCCAGUCCCUUCUACAGAAAUGGUGUAGAAAUUGAAGCUUUCCUUAGCUCUCCCUCUGGAAAGAGAACUAAAAGGAGGAGGGAAGACAGCACUCAGGAUGACAGAGGCAGGUUUGUGACUACACCUACAGCUGAGCUAUCCACCCAGGAGGAAAGCCUUCUGGACAGCUUUCUGGACUGGAGUUUGGAUUCCUGCUCUGGUUAUGAAGGUGAUCAGGAAAGCGAAGGCGAGAGAGAUGGAGAUGUCACAGAUCCCAGUGGAAUCCUGGAUGUGACGGUGGUUUACGUGGACCCAGCUGAGCACUGCUGUCAGGACUCUAGCGAUGAAGACAGCCUGUCUGUAGAGUGGUGUGGGCAUGCAGCACCACCGAGGAAGGCCAGGACACCAGACGAAACUCGCAGAGUUUCAGCAUGCAUUGCCUCAAGAAAUCCUAACUGGGAAGGGAGCUCGGGCUACUCUUCUGUCAACGGUGCCAGCCCUACAUCUUCUGUAGAAAGCAGCUGUGGAGUACCUCUCAGACCUACCUCAGCACUGUCUCUUGGCAGUGCCGUGAACAAGGAGCCGUGCCUUCCUCGCUACUUGGAGUCACGUUUACAGUCAGUCUGUGCUAGAGCUAGUGAGAAUAAGUCUAACCGAAGGCAAGUCAAGCGAAAAAACCUAGCAGAACACAGUGAAGAAAGGGUCAACUUGGGCUUCUUAAGCCUCUGAUUUCAUGCUUUUCUAGGCUUCCUGGUAACAGCAUUUCUGUCAUAGUUGUACAGGAAUGAUAGUGAAUAACUGUCAAUACCUCCAAAAAGAGCCCUUCCCCUUAACUUUGCCUAUUCCUACCACUUUCUGCAAGCCUUUUAGUUCUCUUAUCUCACUUCUGGCCUGUUUCCUUCUUUGGUAACUGCUUUUUUCAACGUGUUCCAUAUUUUCUGAUCCUCAGCAAGUUAAGUUCUCU